AUGCCUACCUACGCCGACCUCUGGAAUGAGCAGCAACGCGUUUUGGGACAGUUGGGUCCUUCGAAUCCCGUGCGCCUCACGAUCAGCAAGGGGGAGUAUGUCCAUGACCCUCAAACAGGCCGUUUCCGAUACGACGAGCAUUGGGAGGAGGAACAUCUGAUGGAGGAUGAGGAAUGUGCUAAUGGUCAUCACCUGACCGCUUCUCCGGCUCAUGAUGGCGGAGGAAACAGUCGCGAGUCAUCACCUUUAUCAAUGGCUGCGCUUCAACCAAUCGCUUUGCAGGGUUGUCCUCUCAUCUCAGCGCAGCAGCCCUCAUUGUGGGUUCUCGACACAAAUACACUCAUGUCGUGCCUCGAACUGCUCAAAGCCCUCUUUGCUUCACUCUUAACACGCAACGUAGCCUUUGCAGCGGCGACAAAGCAGCAAUAUGCUUCCUCGUCGGCUCUUCCGACGACGCCAUCUUCCAUCAAGCUGGUGCUACCUUAUAUCGUGGUUUCCGAACUAGACGGCCUCAAGGUCACUAGCCGCAAGGAUGAUUCGGGUCGACCGGUCGCAUCAAAGGCACGAGAAGCGAAUCACUGGCUGCUAUCCGCCCUGCAAAAACAGAAGCGCGUUUCCAUCAACGAAUUAAGCGCGAAUCUCUCCCAAGAUCUUUGGCCUCUCUUUGUCCAACCAUCAACGCACUACAACCACUCAAAACGAUCAAGACGCCAUGGUUCUCAUUCGGAUCUUUUGGAGCCAGACGACGAGAUCAUUCAAUUUUGCGUUGAGCUGAAGAAGCAGACAGCUUCGCACGUCAGAUUCUGUUCUGACGACAUCAAUGCUCGCACCAAGGCAGAAACUGAUGGCGUCGAUUCGUUAGGCAUGCGCGAGCUGGCAAACGCACUUAAACACAGCUUCAAGGAUGUGCAGAGCAGCGAAAAAAGAUGGAUCCUAGUAGCAGAUGCGCUGAUCGAACAGUGGGAGUAUCAGAUUGCACCUGCUGGUCCCUCCACGCAGCAAGACCCUCAACUUGAUCAAGGUAUCGAGGAUGGAAGCGACCAGACGGCGCUUCAACCGUUCGAUCAGCAGUCAUUCAAAAUGAAGCAAGGGUAUGAACUCGAUUUGCACAGCUCCGUACACAAAACGGCCUCUUUCACCAACAAUGAAACCAUGGAAGUCGACAUGGAAACAGAAGCGCAACAGCAACAGCCAAAGAUAGACCCCUUUCCCGUUCCACUCACAUCGCCCAAUUUUUGUCCCUCGCCUAAUCGCAUCCCGCUAUCAACCCAGGGUCGCAGCACAAACGACAGCAUACACAGUCCUAGCAACUUGCGCACAACUGCAAGCGCAAGCUCCGCCCGUUUCUCAAGAGACCUAACUCCUGCAGCUCAGGCAACACCGCAAACUCCCAUAUCACCACCAGGUGAAUCUGAAGCUCUGAAUCCUCAGGUUGAUUGGCAGGAUCUAAUACAACAGUAUCGAAAUGCUUCGCGAACGGCCAGCAAGCAGCGCAAUGGCAAAUGGUAG